AUGGAAUCGUCGCAACACUCAGUCGAUCCCUCCGCCAUCGCCCUCCCCGCUUCAUCUGCGCAAGCACCCGAACACCCUAAUGUGACCGAGUUUCCGCCCCACCCCCCCCCUCGACAAGAAGCGGGGACUCCUCCCCCCCAGUCUGCGCCAACAGGACCCUUCCGCUCCGCGCAUUCAUUCCCCCCGGUUCCCCCGGUUCCGCCAGGCCCGCCGGUUCCCCAGGCGCCCCCGCUCCCUUACGGCUAUAUAGCGCCCUCACCUUAUUUUCAGUAUCCGCCAGCGCACUAUCCCCCCCCAGGGUGGUACGACUAUGGCAGAUACCUCCCACCAGUUUUCCCCCACGCGUCAAACCCACCAUAUGCGCAAAACCCCCCGCACGCGCCAACCCCCCCGCAUGCGCUAACCGGCCCGCACGCGCACGCGGAAAGCCGCCCGCGCGCGCACAUGGGCAUCCCCUCAAAUGCGCGACUCUCAGCCCAUGCGCCAAGCCCCCCGCAUGCUCAUCUACCCCCGCACGCGUACGGAGGAUUUUACUCACCCGGGGGUAGCGGAAGGGGGAGAGGAGUAGGGGAAGGCAAGGAGAUGGGCGGAAGAUCCAGGGGCGCAGGAGGGGAGUGGGUUGGCGGGGGAUGGGGGGCGUGGUAUGGGUGGCCCCCGCCAGACUUUGUGCAGCAGCCGUUGCAGAGCAAGAAACAGCAGCAAGAGGUGGCGGUGGAGGUGGAGGAAGAGGAGGAGGAGGAGGAGGAGGAGGAGGAGGAGGAGGAGGAGGAGGAGGAGGAGGAGGAGGAGGAGGAGGAGGAGGAGGAGGAGGAGGAGGAGGAGGAGGAGGAGGAGGUUGCAAGAAAGAGAGGGAGUGAAAGGGAGAGGCCUGAAGCGGGGAAGGAACGAGGGAAACAAACCAGCUGCAGAGGCAAACCAGAUGAGAAAAAGCAGCGAGGGCCAAAGAAGGGAGAAGGAGGAUGGUUCUUUGGGGCCGAGGUGCCACAGAUGGGAAAAGGCAAGGAGAAGUGGGAUGGGUACCACCAGGAGGCGAAGCGGAGGAGAGGUGGGGAGAGCAGGGAGAGCAGGGAGGAGGUGGAGGGCAGGUUGAGGGAGUGCUUGCGGGAGAGAAGGCUGUGGCACCUGCUGGAAGACAGAAGCCCUCUGUUGGCGUCCCUUAAAGCCCAUGUGAAAACCCUUUGGAAGAUGGGGCUACAGGCAGUGCAGCCGUUUCAGGACGCCCUACUAGCGCAUGAGCCCACGCUAGAGGACCUGCAGGGGGAGAAGAAAGGCGCGCUGCAGCUCUUUGCCCUCCUGCUGGGCGCUCCCGAGGUGACUUCCCUGCGGAAAGAUGAGCUUGCAGAGGUGAUUGUGAGGGCGGACGCGUGGGAGCGAGUGCGAGGGAGAGUUAUCAACAGAGCGGGGAGUGCCAUACCUGGUGUGUUUGUUAAGGAAAGAGCAGCAGAUGGGGCAGUAUUAGUUGGUGAACCAGCGGGAGCGGCAGCAGCACCACUACCCCCAGCACCAGUAGCAGCACCAGCAGCAGCAGCAGAAGCAGCAGCAGCAGCAGCACCACCACCUCCGGCAGUAGCAGCAGCAGCAACAGCAGCAGCACCUGUGGCAGUGGCGGCAGCAGCAGCACAAGUGGUUCUUGAACCAACUACAGCGGAACCAGCCCCUGAGAAACCCGCACUAGCAUCACUGUCAUCACCCACACCUUCAGACCCCGCUGAACCCCUCUCAACCGCACAGGUAAAGGAGUCCUGUCAGGUGCCCACUCCCGCCCCACACCCCUUUGGAGGAGAGCAGUUGACGACACUAGUACCAGCUACCUCUGCACUCUCCUCGGGCGAGCAGUUGAAGUUGGUACCCACUACUUCCCCACCCCCCUUGACCUCGCAAGGAGGGCAACUGGGCGGGCUGCUGUUACCACAGGAAGUGGGGCUGUCAGAUAUAGGCGAUGAGCGGAUUGCACGGCUGAACCGCCCACCCGAUGUGCUUCUAACGGAGUUCCUUGAAAGGAGGAUGCGGUGGGAGCACACGGAGGAGCGGGAGUUGCUGGCGGCGAAGCUGGAGGCGUACAUUCGGUCUCUUAUCCGCACCAACCCUGAUGCCCUCAAGGGUUAUCAGGAGCUGUUCUUUGCGCGGUGCGCGGGCGCAGAGGAGGACGUGCAGCAGGAGAAGCGGGACGUGGUGAGGGUGGUGGCGCUGCUGCUGGGGUGCUCUGUGCCGGCCAAAGCCAAGAAGCUGCAGCUGGUGAAGGCCAUCAGUGCCUCUCCGCUGUGGCAGGCGCACAGGCGCAGAGAGAAGGGGCGAGGGGCAGGGGAGAAAGGGGGAGGAUUGGUGAUGGGGCCGGGAGGAAUGAAGGAACGGCAGCAGCAGGAGAAGUAUCAAGAGCAGCAACAAUUGCACCGGCAACAGGUGCAGGGGCAGGAGAAACAGGGGCACAAUUACAUAGAACAGCAGCUGAAAGGGGGAGAGAGGUGGAGGCAAAAGGAAGCUAUGAAUAGUGACGAGUUGCAGAAGGGUGGAGGUGGAGUGGAGAAGGUAUCGAGACGUGCAGUAGCAGUGAUGAGAGAUGAGGGAGUGGAGGCGGAAUCAGGGGAUGAAGACGAAGAGGAUGCAAAUGGAUAUCAUCAACCACUAAUGGCGGGGCCUGUGGUGCUCGUCACGGGGUGCUCCUCAGGCGGCAUCGGAUCGGAACUCUGCAAGGCCUUCGCCGCUAGAGGUUGCCGCGUGUUCGCUUCCGCGCGCCGACCCGACUCCAUGCAAGAUCUAGCAGGGUUGGGGAUCGAGACAGUGCAGCUAGAUGUGACGUCUACAGUCUCUAUUCUGGAAGCCGUUCGCACAGUCAUAGCUAAGGCGGGCAGGAUAGACAUUCUGGUCAACAAUGCGGGAGCGGGGUGCUUUGGUCCCAUGGCGGAAUUGCCUCUUGAUGCCUUCCGCAGCAACAUGGAGACCAAUGUGGUUGGCCUGCUGGCUGUUACUCAAGCAGUUGUCCCUCACAUGGUGGAGCAGGGCAGUGGCAAGGUCAUCAACAUAGGGUCCGUGUCAGCAUGGAUCACCACGCCCUUCGCUGGCACAUACUGUGCGGCCAAGGCAGCAGUGCACAGCAUCACACAUGCUCUCCGGAUGGAGCUAAAGCCGUUUGGCAUUCAAGUCAUGCUCGUUGCUCCGGGUGCCAUCAGGUCCAACUUUGGAGGCAACUCCUCCUCCUCCGUCUCCCACCUGCGUCUUAAGAUCUUCUCUCGCUUCCAGAAGCAGAUAGAGGCCCGGGCAGGGGCCUCGCAAACUCCCCAGUCCACACCAGGAGACGUGUUUGCGAGGGCUCUAGUGGAGAAAGCCCUGGCCAAAAAUGUGCCAAUAGAGUGGGCGUUUGGACAUCUGGUGGGGUCUUUCCGUAUCAUGACAUGGCUGCCUUACAGCUUUAGGGAUUCUGCACUCAUGAAGAAAUUUGGACUCACUAACUUCGCUUGUCUGUCACUUCUCGCCUUUGCGCCAGUUCCCGUCGCGCACACCGUUGCCGAAUUUUGCAAACGAUUUGGGCUCUCAAAAGCUUCACCCGACUCGUUCACGGCAAUCGAAGUCCCCCACCUGGCGCCAUCAACCCCGGCCCGUUCUCUGCUCAACAAAUCCUCUCCGCCUAAUCCAGCACAUGACCAGCACAUCACCGCUGCUGGCAACUUGCUAGCAGCGAAUCGGAAGGUUGUAAGCGUGGCUAAUGAUUCCGAAUCAAGCGAGUCUGGCGCGCCUAAAAACGCGUUAACUGUUCCGUCUGAUGUAAAGUCUGGUCCCGCGCUUCCUCCACGUGCUCCCGCUCAUCAUGUCGACGAGAUUAGCGAGGAAGUCAAGGAUGAGGGGAAGAAUGGCCUGGGCACGGGCGCGGCGGGAACGGGCGCGCCUGGUGCAGGCGCCGCGGGCAAGGGCGCGGCAAAGGCUGCAGCAGGCAAGGGGGCAGUGGGCAAGGUCGCAGCCAAGGGUGCGGCGGGAAUGUUCGCACUGAACAAGGGCGCUGCGGGAAAUGGCGCAGUAGGCAAGAGCGCAUCUAAAAACGGCGCACCGAAGAAGUUCACGCCCAUUCCUGCAGCGAGAAUGGUCGCACCGAACAAGGGCACGGCGGAUAAAAACGCAGCAGGCAAGGGCGCGGUUACCAACGGCGCACCGAAGAAGGUCUCGAACAAGGGCGCGGCGGGAAAAGGCGCAGCAGACAACUUGAAGGGCGAAGCGGAAAAAGGCGCAGCAGACAACUUGAAGGGCACGGUCAAUAACGGCGCACCAAAGAAGGUCGCAGCCAAGGGUGCGGCGGGAAUGGUCGCUCCGAACAAGGGCGCGGCGGCGACGAACAAGGGGGCGGAGAACAAGGUCCAACCACCGCGUCCGCACACCGUCCGCCCUCACAUGGCGCCGGUGCCUGCCGCGAGUCACAUCGCCAAGAAUCAGCCUGCUGCUGCUGUGAUGGGAGCGCCGAGCAACAAACCCAGCGUGCGUCCUCACAUGGCGACGGCCCAGGACGUGGCGAUCGUUCCCCAGGCGCCUGCGCCGGUGCCUGCCGCGAUUCACAUCGCCAAGAACCAGCCUGCUGCUGCGACGGUGGGAGCGGCGAGCAACAAUCAUCCUGCUGGGUCGAACGCACAGCACGCCGCCCGUCCUCACAUCAUGGCGCCGUUGAAUGCGGCGAGUCACAUCGCAAAGAACCAGCCUGCUGCUGCUGCGACCAUGGCAACGGCGGAGGACGUGGCGAUCCAUGGUGCCACGGCCGCUAAGACGACAUCAAACAGCGCGGCACUUGCCCCGUCGAGCGCGCAAUCGCCGCGCCCACACGUUGUGCGUCCUCACAUGGCGACGGCAGAGGACGUGGCAAUCGUUCACCAGGAAUCGGCGACGGCGUCGGCACCUGCAGCGCCGAUGGGGGUGGAGGAGAUGCGGGACGAGGCGUGGAGAAACGCGGAGGCUGAGGAUAACUUCUAUGAUGAUUAUGAGAAUGAGGAUGAGAAGGACGGCAACGAUGAGAAAGGCGAUGGUGAGGAGGAGAAGGAGGAGGGGGACAAUGAGGACAGCGGCAAUGACAAUGGGAAGGCCGAUGACAGCGAGAAUGACGAGAAGGACAACAAUGGUAAGGAUGAUGGCAAGAAUAAUGAGAGGGACGGUGAGAAGAACGGCAGCGAUGAGAAUGGUGAUGAUAAUGGCAAGGACAACAACGAGAAGGACGACGAGAAGAACGACGGGGAGAAUGACAAUGAAGAUGAGAAGGACAACGACAACGAUGCGGUCAGCUGGCAUGGGGGUGAGAGCAGCAGCAACGGACAGGGAAGGGGCGGGACUCAGGCCGUGAAUGGAGCAUCUACUCGCGUGUCUCGCUUCAGCAGCAACAAUGGCUGGGAGCUUCGCAUGGCAACAAGCAACGAUGUGGCCAUUCACCGGGGCAGGACUCAGGCCAUGAACGGAGCGUCUUCUCGCGUGUCUCGCUUCAGCAACAACAAUGGCUGGGAGCUGGAGGACAAUCAGCGCACUGGGUUGCGCAAGGCGGCACAUCAGUUUCGCAUGGCAACGAGCAGCGAUGUGGUCAUUCACAGGAGCAGGAUGCAGGGCAGCACUGUGAAAGGAGCACUCUCCCGCGCGUCUCGCUUCAGCAACAACAACGGCUGGGAGCUUGAGGACAAUCAGCGCACUGGGUUCCGCAAGGCGGCACAGCAGUUUCGCAUGGCAACAGCCAGGGAUGUGGCCAUUCACAGGAGUGGAACGCAAGGUGCUAACCGUGGUUUGAAUCACGAGAAUGGAUUCGAUCGGGCGCAGCAGUUCCGCAUGGCAACAGCCAGGGAUGUGGCAAUUCACAGGAAUGGAAUGCAAGCUGCUGACCAUGGUGUGAACCGUGCAAGUGGGCUUGGCAGGGCGCAGCAGUUUCGCAUGGCAACAGCCAGGGAUGUGGCAAUUCACAGGAACGGGAUUCAUGGUGCGAACCAAAGAAGUAUGGUGACGAAGCAUGGUGUGAACCAUGGGAAUGGGCUCAACAGGGCACAGGAGUUUCGCAUGGCAACAGCCAAAGAUGUGGCCAUUCACAGGAACGGGAUGCAAGGCGCAGACCGUGGUGUGGACUAUGGGAGUGAGCAGCUGGGUACUGUUGCAUCCAUGCAAGCUGACAAUGGAGAUUACAAUGGUGACUAUGGUAGGUGGUGA